AUGAACCCUGCUCCAGCUCUUUCCGGAUCUGCUCCAGCUGCUGCUGAUUCUCUCAAGACUCCUGUUCGACCGGAGUUCCGUCUUGCCGAAGCUACUCGUACCUCGACGGCUCCUAUUCGCAAACGAUCUCGCAAUUCUAUGGGUUCGUUUAUUCUAUUCCCGUUCUUUGAUUAACCUGAUUGAUUUGCAGGUGAAGAAGCCAGGAACCUUCCUUGUCCAGUUCUCGACUUCAACAUCUGCGAUUCUCCACAGAAGAAGGCCGCGAAGGCCGAAGACGUGGUUCUGGUCGUCGUCGAGCAACCGGCUCCAAUCGUCGUCGAGCAACCGGCUCCAAUCGUCGUCGAGCAGCCAGCUCCAGUCAUCGUCGAGCAGCCAGCUCCAGUCGUCGUCGAGCAGCUCGUUCCGGUCGUCGUCGAGCAACUGGCUCCAGAGGUCGUCGAGCAGCCGACGUCUCCAGCCAGAAGCUGCAUUCGUCCUGCGGGAUUGAGAAGACUCUCGUGGGCUCCAGUCAGGACGCCAGUUCGGUUCUCGAAGAAGAGUGAGUUUCCCCUCUGA